UGCGCGACAGGUUCACCGAGAUGCGCGAGAUGGACCUGCAGGUGCAGAGAGAAUAUUUUGUUUCCUGCUCAGUUUGUAACUGGCUAGAAUGUUCCAAAGUCAGCAAUCUAGAGCCCUGGGUGAGGAGUUUGGGUCGUGCUUUAAGUCACUACCACUGCUCUUAGGGACAAAAAACCUUUAGAACUUGGAGUCCUGCCUGUCCCAUGCUGGAGAGCACAAGAACCUUGAUGAGAAUCCUACCAGAAUGCAAUUCUGCUUCUUGGAAAUGAAGAUGCAAUGGAUCAGCUUGAGCAGAGGGUAAAUGAAUUUUUUAUGAACGCAAAGAAAAACAAACCUGAAUGGAGAGAAGAACAAAUGACAUCAAUCAAAAAAGAUUAUUAUAAGGCUUUGGAAGAUGCAGAUGAAAAAGUGCAACUGGCUAAUCAAAUAUAUGAUCUGGUGGACCGUCAUUUGAGAAAAUUGGACCAGGAACUCGCUAAAUUUAAAAUGGAACUUGAAGCAGAUAAUGCUGGAAUCACAGAAAUAUUAGAGAGACGGUCUCUGGAGCUGGAUACACCAUCACAGCCUGUGAAUAACCAUCACGCCCAUUCUCAUACUCCAGUAGAGAAAAGGAAACACAAUCCAUCUUCUCACCACAGUACAACAGAUCAUGUUCCUGAAAAGAAGUUUAAAUCUGAAGCUCUUCUAUCUACCCUGACUUCAGAUGCUUCUAAAGAAAAUACACCAGGGUGUCGAAACAGUAAUUCAUCAUCCUCUUCAAACAAUGCAUACAAUACAAACUCUUCUCAACCAUUGGCAUCAUAUAACCUGGGCUCAUUAUCUUCAGGAUCCGGGGCCGGUGCAAUUACCAUGGCAGCAGCUCAAGCAGUGCAAGCCACGGCACAGAUGAAGGAGGGAAGACGAACAUCCAGUCUAAAAGCCAGCUAUGAAGCAUUUAAAAACAAUGAUUUUCAGCUUGGAAGAGAAUUUUCAUUGUCCAGAGAUUCAGCUGGAUAUUCGUCAUCAGCUCUGGCAUCUACGUUAACACAGACAUUAAGUUCAUCAACCACAGAUUCACGAAGUGGCAGAAAAAGCAAAAACAACAACAAAUCCUCAAGUCAGCAGUCCUCGUCAUCUUCUUCUUCUUCCUCUCUAUCAUCAUGUUCUUCUUCAUCUGCACUAGCACAAGAACUUUCUCAGCAAACAGCAGUAAUACCAGAGUCUGAUUCUAAUAGCCAGGUUGACUGGACCUAUGAUCCAAAUGAGCCACGUUACUGCAUUUGUAAUCAGGUGUCCUAUGGUGAAAUGGUAGGCUGUGAUAACCAAGAUUGUCCUAUUGAGUGGUUCCACUAUGGAUGUGUUGGACUGACAGAAGCACCAAAAGGGAAAUGGUACUGUCCACAGUGUACAGCUGCAAUGAAGAGAAGAGGCAGUAGACAUAAAUAAGUUUCUUCAUCUGGAAAACAAAUUGUGUACUAAAGGUUUUAUAGAGGUCUUAGGAGCAGAGGGGGAACUCUCAUAACACCUCCUUGCAACCACUGAAGAGUUAACAUGGCAGUCAUAGAAUGGUUGGGACUUAAUGGAAAGGACCAUAAAGAUCAUCUAGUUCCAGCCCCCAGUCGUAAGAUCAUGAAUAUUGGUUUUGCUAGUUGUGUUUUAACAUUCUAAGUAAAUUAUUUACGCACCUUGAUGUGCUACAGAUAAUAUUCCAGUGAGCCUUGGAUUAUUCCAGUGGCCAACAUAUGCAGAGAUUUGUACUAUCAAACCAUUUUCUCUAAGCACUGGGCAUUCUACAAUUAUUUAAUCUUCAAAGAAUUCCGAUAAGUCAAGGUUUUAAAUGUAUGUUUUAUAUACAAGAGAUAUAUUCUGCUGCAUGUACUGUACUCAAGAGCUGUUACGUAACACUAUGUAUAUAAAUGGUGCAAAAAGUCAGUGCUUCUGAAAAGAAAAAAAGAGACAAUGUUUUUAAAAUGCCUUUAUAGCUUUGGUUCUUUAUGAAACUUAAUUCAGCAGGCUGAAGAAAAUGGUUCUUGUAUACAGCGGGCUGUUGUCCUUUAGGGUACUCAAGUAUGUAAAAACAAAAAAAAUGCUGUAGAAUAAAACAAACUUGUGCCAUUAGUCUUUAUAUGUUUCUGCUCCAGAGAAGGUGGGGGCCAUAAGAGGAAAAAAAGGUGUUAAAGUGACAAUAAAUUUUUAUACCAAAUGUGUUUAUUUUUUUGUGCAAGUAAUCCUUUAAAUUUGAAUUGUAUUAGGUGUAAAAUAAAACAACCUCAACUCCUCAAA